AUGAGCAGGAAUUAUUUUGGCGAUUCCGACGAGUCGGGCUCUGACUUCGACGAAGACACCUCCGGCCUCCCUUUCCCCAAGCCGUUGUCUCGAUCAUCCUUCCUGGCCCCCGAUUUCGACCCGGCCACCUUUCUGUCGUCGCUGACCAACCGCCAUCAGACCCUCGAGGACUUGCGACAGGAGCUGCGCGACCUGAGCCAGACUCUCAACAAGGAGCUGCUAGAUCUGGUCAAUGAGAACUACCAGGACUUUCUGUCGCUUGGAAGCGCUCUGAAGGGAGGGGAGGAGAAGGUUGAAGAGGUCAGAGUCGGUCUGUUGGGUUUUCAGCGGGACGUCGCAGCCAUUCAGGCAAAAGUAGAAGCACGACGCAAGGAAGUGGAGAGUCUAUUGCAGGAGAAGAAGAAGUGUCGGACGCAGGCGAACAUCGCAAAAGCUCUCUUGGACAUUGCAGAGCGAAUAGAAGAGUUGGAGGAGCGACUGAUGAUUGGUGAUACCGCAAAACAAAAUGGACAGCCAUACGAAGACACGAAUCCAGAUCUCGACACCUUCGAGAGUGAGAGCGAUGACAGUGACGACGAUUUUAUGGAUGACUCCAACGGGGCGGCCGUCAUAUCCCUGAAAAAACUGGAGCAUCACAUUCAAAAAUAUGUCUACAUCAUCGCUGCCUCCGAUCGAAUAGGCAACAGACAUCCAUUCCUGGUCAGCCAGCAGCCGAGACUUGAGAAGAUCAAGUCGACUCUACUGCUUGAUCUCAACACGGCCCUAGAACAAGCCAAAAAAGCCGGAGACAAACGAGACGAGCGGACACUAAAGGUCAUGCGACUCUACGAUCUAUUGGGUGCCGAGUCCAGUGCGGUCUUUGCACUCAAGCACCUGACGAUCUAA